AUGCGGUGCCAAACGCUAACGCGCGGACGAAUUAAAAAAACUAUUUUGAUUUCAAUUUAGAAAGUGAUGUUUUAGUUUUUUUAAUGUAUUAAGUUUUCAAAAAUGGAAGGCCGCAGGACAUGGGACGGAAUGCCUCUCGGCGAGUCGCAUUCGCCGCCGCAGUCGGUGCCCGGCAGAAGAACUCCUUUAGGGGCUGUAGGCCUUGGAGGAUUCUACAUGCAGGGCGGCCAGCCUCCGCCCCCGCCACAGCAUUGCUACCCAACUGACGAAAACCAGCCGGAGCCGGGAACCAGCUAUGCUCAGAGGCCGAUCGGAGAUGGCAAAUCAAAGCAAAAAAUGCGCCAGGGUAAAACCGUCCGGCUCAACAUCAACGCCAGGGAACGACGACGAAUGCAUGAUUUGAACGAUGCCCUUGACGAGCUCCGCGGCGUGAUCCCGUACGCGCACUCGCCGUCAGUCCGCAAGCUGUCCAAGAUCGCCACGCUGCUUCUAGCCAAGAACUACAUCCUCAUGCAGGCCAGCGCGCUGGAGGAAUUACGAAGACUCGUAGCGUACCUGCAAGGCACAGCGACAGCAGCCGGCAUAGUCCCGCCUCCCGGUUUCGAUCUGGCCGGCUUCCCUGCAGCCGCCAAGCUUCUCCAGCCGCCCGCGCCAGGCCCGCCCGCCCCACCCGAACCGCCGUCUUGAGACUCGCCCAUCAAAAUCGAACCACAAACCUGAGCUGUGGGUCGAUAAAAAAAACACCCAUAUUUAUAACACAAACCAGUAAUUUUAAGAUUCUUGUAAAUACAAAAAAGGUGAAGAUAAAAAAAAGAAA